AUGUUUGGUGGCACCGAAACGGUAGCAUCAGCCAUCGAGUGGGCCAUGGCGGAGCUAAUGAGAAGCCCAACGGACCUUAGGAGGGUCCAGCAAGAGCUGGCUGACGUAGUGGGCCUGGCCCGCAAAGUCGAGGAGCCCGACUUCGAGAAGCUGACCUAUCUCCGCUGCUGCCUGAAGGAGGUCCUCCGCCUCCACCCGCCGAUCCCCAUCCUCCUCCACGAGACGGCGGAGGAUGCCACCGUCUCCGGCUACCACGUCCCGGCGAGAUCCAGGGUCAUGAUCAACGCGUGGGCCAUCGGCCGCGACGCCGGCGCGUGGGAGGACCCGGACGAGUUCCGGCCGUCGCGGUUCCUGGCGGAGGGCGUGGCGGACUUCAAGGGCGGGAACUUCGAGUUCAUACCUUUCGGGUCGGGUCGGAGGUCGUGCCCCGGUAUGCAGCUUGGGUUGUACGCGCUGGAGAUGGCGGUGGCCCACCUGCUCCACUGCUUCACGUGGGAGCUGCCCGACGGGAUGAAGCCCGCCGAUCUCGACAUGAGCGACGUAUUCGGCCUAACGGCGCCGAGAGCCGAGCGCUUGGUGGCGGUGCCCACCACGCGCCUUCUCUGCACGCUGUAA